ACUCCCAAGAUUGACUGGAUCUCUCCCAUGUGAUAGAUUUCUGAGAUAUGAGAGAGAUAAAGUCGGUUCCUAAGGAUGCUGAUUUAGCAUCCUUGGUGAAUGAGCUGGAACCGUUUUUAAUUACUGGUCAUUCUGGACAAGAUCUAGGAAUGUGUCUGGAAGAAUGGACUCCAAGUAAGCUCAAGGAGGUCUUGAAAGAUUGCCGUGUAUCUGUCCACGUGUCUAGGGAGCAGAGCUUAAACUUUGUACUGCGCAAUUUUGAGUAUCAGUUUAUGACAAUUGCUGAAAUGUUGGACAGAAUAGCUCGUUCAAGGGAAACUGGAGAGUUUUUGUACUAUAGAUCACUUGGUACUCGUCCCAGGAAGGACCCAGCAACUCUUGUGUCCGUCCAUCCAUACCUUGAAGAGACGUUCCAGGUGCCACAAAACAUCGCAAAUUUGAUUGGAGAUUCACAUUUUUCUGUACACUCUACCGUAUUUCGCAUUUCUCAGGUUGGGAUCGAACUUUGGACUCACUAUGAUGCCCUUGAUAACUUUUUGGUACAAGUUCGCGGGGAAAAGAAUGUUUUACUCUUUCCUCCCUCGAGUUUGCACAAGCUAAAGAUUGUGGAUACGUCGUCUCCAUUCCAGGGAGUAUGCCACGGUCACCCAGAUUUGGAUUACAAGGAUGCAAUAAAAGCUAAACUUUUGCCUGGAGAUGUCCUAUUCAUUCCAGCAGCUUGGUCGCAUUCAGUAUAUUCGGUUCCUGAGGAUUCCCAAGGUGACAUUUGCAUCUCUGUAAACACAUUUUUGUCGAGGAGCGAUGUCCAGUACACCUCUAAGAAUGUCUAUGGGAAUGAGGAUCCUCCACCAAUGAGAAAGGCUUGUGAUGCUCUCAAUGGAGAAUUUCUAAAGCUUUGCCAGCAACUACCGAGGAAUCUUCAGGAUGCAUUUUGGAGUAAAAUUGCGUCAAUUGCCUUGAGCAAGCUUGAAUAGUACAAUUUAGAAUAUAAUAAACU